CAUAAACGACAACGUUUGCCUUGAUUAGCGGCUGACUAAAUGUUUGCUGAAAUGGUGGCUCGGCACUCUGGUCGUGACGCUGGCUUUUAUUGGUGUCUCUGAGACACAUUUGUGCCUCCGAGACCUUGUUUUUUUCCUGGAAAAUGGGGACUCAGCUUGUUGGCUUCUGUCUGGCAUUCAUUGGUUUCCUUGGCACCAUCCUAAUCUGCGGACUGCCCAUGUGGAAGGUGACAGCCUUCGUUGGGCCAAAUAUUGUCACUUCGCAGAUCUUCUGGGAAGGUUUGUGGAUGAACUGUGUGGUCGAGAGCACGGGCGUCUCACAGUGCAAAGCCUAUGACUCUGUCUUGGCAUUAACGCAAGACCUGCAAACUGCCCGGGGUCUUAUCUGCGCCUCCCUCGGGAUCAGCGUUUUGGCCAUCGGACUCACUACGGUCGGAGCUCGCUGCACAAACUUCUUUCGUGACGACAGACUCAUCAAAGCCAACAUUGGCGUUGCUGGCGGUGCUGUCUUUAUAAUCGCAGGCAUUGCGUGUCUGAUACCCGUUUGCUGGUCAGCUUACAAUAUCAUCACCGGAUUCUACAACCCUCUAACCACUGAGGAGAUGAAAGGGGAGCUCGGGGCAUCCAUUUAUGUGGGCUGGGUCUCGGGAGCGCUUCUUGUAAUUGGUGGAGGCAUUCUGUGUUGCAGCUAUAGGUGCUGAAGCUGACAGCUAGGGAUGAAGUGGAACACUGACUCACCAUUUGUACGCCCUGUGUUUGGUAACAGCUCUUCGUCACAUGGAUGUCUUUUGAGCCAUCAGGUUACUGCAGCCACAGGACUCCAAAAUGUAUAUGGUUGCUCAGCUGCAACAUUUUUUGUCCUUGUAUAUUUGACAUUUCUUUGUUAUUUCACUGUUUUGUUGUUGUUAAUAUGACCAAAACAGAUGGUCAACCCACUGAUUCUGGUUUCUUCCUAUAACCAAAAAUGCUUGAGGUAGUUUUUGUUGACUGCUGUUGUCAAUGUGUUGAGUACCAUGGUGACCAUCGUGGUUAGCACUGUUGCCGCAGAGCAAAGAGGUUGUGGGAUCACUUCCCACCUGGUCCUUUCUGUGUGGAGUUUGCAUGUUCUCCCUGUGUUCAUGGGAGUUCCCUUCGGAUGCUCCGGCUUCCUCUCGCUUUCAAAGACAUACAGGUUCGGUGAGUUGGAAUUUUUAAAUUGGCCAUUUGUGUGUGUGUGUGUGUGUGUGUGUGUGUGUGUGUGUGUGUGUGUGUGUGUGUGUGUGUGUGUGUGUGUGUGUGUGUGUGUGUGUGUGUGUGUGUGUGUGUGUGUGUGUGUGUGUGUGUGUGUGAAUGCAAUUAUGCAGUGUAUAAAUAAAAGGACCUGAACUGAAGACUGAGUCAAACACAAAGUCUAACAGAAAAUGUGAUUUAUUUACUUUGGCAGAAGGGCUUUUCUUUCUUUCUUUUUUAUUUUUUUCAUUUUAUUUUGAUGAAUCAGUGAUGAUUUUAGCUUUAUCUGACUGCAAUAUAGAAAGUUCACACUGAAUUCAUUUCUCCCUGGAAACAUUUGAAAUGUGGAAUAAAUGAUAUGAGGAAAUGUUUCUUCUUUGUAACAUAA